UAAUUGUUACUCGCUGCGUUUAAGUUUAACCUAGCUCUAAAAGCAAAGGCGCGUUAACCUAACCUCAUUCAAGCAAUAACCGCGGAAUUCAUCGUGUCAUAGCAGGCAGCUAACUGCCCAUGCAUGCUCAUAGCAGACAGCCCAUGUCCAUAUGUUUCUCUGAUAACCAAAUUAGCCACUUAAGCAUUUCUCUGAAGCAUUUUUUUUUACACUCUAUACACAACUUGAAUACUGUAAAUAAAUCACAACAUUUUGUUCACUCCAAAUAUGAUAUUUCAUUCAACAAAUGUACACCGAACAAGCAACAUCUAUACACAAAUACCGCACACAAAGUCCACAAAUAUACAAACACUGUGUACAAAUUUCCCGGUUUCCACACUUACUCUUUCCCUAAGAUGACUAGGUACCAUCCCGAAACCGACUUCCCGGAGGCGUGGAAGAUAUUGAAGCCGUUUAUGCUCAGCGAUGACGCCCUGGUAACCAUCCGGAACUCGAUGACCCGUGAAUUACUCAACGGUCUGGGCAAGGAUACCCAUAGUCGAUCCUCCAUACCCAGUUGGCUCAGCUACGUGCAGCAGCUGCCGUCGGGAGAUGAGCGAGGUCGUUUCCUUGCCCUAGAGAUGUGGCCCUCCAACUGCCGUAUCAUGCUGGUCAAAUUCAGCAGCGAGAAUGACAUUUACAUGAGCUCUAAAUGCGUCAUCAUACCACAUACGAUAGCCGCAUCUCGCGGCACCAUACUUUUUAACUUUUUAGCCCAGAAUAUUGCAUUAUUUGUAAAAGCUAAAAAGGUGGAAAAGGAUAACUUGCCCAUGGGGAUCGCAUUUGCAUUCGACCUGAAUCAGCUUUCGCUGGAUGUGGGCAUUCUGAUCAGAUGGACUCAGGGAUACGGUGCUCAGAGCGCCAUUGGCAAGAAUGUGGUGCAGCUACUACGGAACGCCCUGGACGAGUUCAAGGAUAUAAAAAUAAACCUGAACUCAAUUGUUAACAUUUCCACCGGCUCCCUGAUGGCACUCGCCUGGUCUUGUCCCGAUUGUAGAAUUGGUCUUAUGGUUGGAUUAGUCACAAAUGCCGCCUAUGUGGAGCAUGUUGACGCGUGCGAAAGGUUUGAAGAGGAUACAAAACGCCCACUGAUGAUCGUCAACACUGACUGGGGUAAUUUUGGCUCCAACGGCCACUUGGACUUUGUGCGCACUGAGUUCGACAAGAUAAUUGACGAGCAGUCGAACAAUCCGGGCAUGAAAUAUUAUGAGAAAUGCAUCAGCGCACUGAAUUUGGGUGAACUGGUGCGUCUCAUAGUUGUGCGUCUGAUAGAUAUGGGAGUGAUUUUUAAGGGUGCGAGCAUGCAGUCCUUAAGAAUACGAUGGAAAAUGGAAAUGAAGUCGAUCUUGGCUAUCGAGUCAGAUCCACCAAAUGUCUACAUACAAGCUCAGAAAGUCAUGGACAAAUUCGGCAUUCAUAACUGCAGUGAACGUGAUUUGGCCACCUUGCGCUUCAUAUGCAAGAUAGUCGGAAUCCGCUCCGCCAAGCUGGUGGCUGCUGGCUUAGCCUGCCUGAUCAAUCGGAUGAGCUACCCCCGGAUUUCUAUAGCGGUUGAGGGCGGUGUAUAUCGCUUGUAUCCCACUUACCAGGAGAACCUCUAUAAGUAUACCUUAAUGCUGACCGAUCCCCAUAAUAAAUUUGAAAUCAUCGCCUCAGAUGAUAGUCCAGGAGUGGGUGCUGCUCUUGUGGCUGGUCUAGCAUUAUCAUCCAAAUAAGAUAUUUUCAUGUAACAUGUAUGCAUUAGAUUGAUCCUGACAUUGAAUAUUGAACUACUUGAAUACAUCUACAUAUUACAUA